AUGGGUUGCAUUUAUUGCAAGCCCUCUGCUAUUGAGGAUAGCAAGGACAGCCCCAGAGAGAGAUUGUCAAGCAAGGCGGCAUCAGACUCGCGGGCAACAAGGGUUGCUUCCUCAAGGAGGGAGGAAGCUUAUCGAGCAAAAGAUCGAUAUGAUAGUAAUGAUGGGAGAACAAUGUUAAUUGAUAAGCAAUUGAAUGGGAAUGUUCGAUCCCAUGGUGAGAAUUUCGAGAGGAAGAGGGAGAAGAUGGAAUAUGUUGCUGCUCAACAUCCUGGGAUGGGUAGCAUUCCGAAAGCUGUAGAAGGGGAACAGGUUGCCGCAGGGUGGCCAACCUGGCUAGCUGCAGUGGCUGGAGAGGCCAUCAAAGGAUGGGUACCACGGCGUGCAGAUUCAUUUGAGAAGCUAGAUAAAAUUGGUCAGGGAACUUAUAGUAAUGUUUAUAGGGCUCGUGAUCUUGAUCAAAAGAAAAUUGUUGCUUUGAAGAAAGUGAGGUUUGAUAACCUGGAGCCUGAGAGUGUCCGCUUUAUGGCAAGGGAAAUUCACAUUUUACGAAGGCUUGAUCAUCCAAAUGUAAUAAAGCUAGAAGGUCUAGUUACUUCAAGGAUGUCUUGCAGCUUGUAUCUUGUUUUUGAGUACAUGGAGCAUGAUUUGGCAGGGCUUGCUUCACACCCUGGUCUGAAGUUUACAGAAGCACAGGUUAAAUGUUACAUGCAGCAACUAUUAUGUGGACUUGAACAUUGUCACAGUCGUGGUGUUCUGCACCGUGACAUUAAAGGUUCCAACCUUUUAAUUGACAACAAUGGCAUGUUGAAAAUUGCUGACUUUGGUCUGGCAAGCUUUUUUGAUCCCCGUCAAAAUCAGCCUCUAACAAGCCGUGUUGUAACUCUUUGGUAUCGACCACCCGAGCUUUUACUUGGUGCUACUUACUAUGGGACUGCUGUGGAUUUAUGGAGUACAGGCUGCAUACUUGCUGAACUGUAUUCCGGCAAGCCUAUUAUGCCUGGAAGAACUGAGGUGGAGCAGUUGCAUAAAAUUUUCAAGCUUUGUGGCUCACCUUCGGAAGAUUAUUGGAGGAAAUCAAAGUUGCCUCAUGCAACCAUAUUUAAGCCCCAACAACCUUAUAGACGCUGUGUUGCAGAAACUUUUAAGGACUUCCCUGCACCAGCUCUAGCACUUAUGGAGAUCCUUCUUUCUAUAGACCCUGCGGAUCGUGGAUCUGCAGCUUGUGCUCUCAAGAGCGAGUUCUUUACAACAAAACCUCUUCCUUGUGAUCCAUCAAGUUUGCCAAAGUAUCCUCCGAGCAAAGAGUUUGAUGCUAAAGUACGGGAUGAGGAAGCUAGAAGACAAGGAGCAGCAGGAAAGGGCCAAAGGGUUGACCAUGAAAGGAGAGGAACAAGAGAGUCUCGAGCCAUACCAGCACCUGAUGCCAAUGCUGAAUUAGUCUUGUCAAUGCAGAAAAGGCAAGACAAUUCUAAGAGCCGGAGUGAGAAGUUUAACCCUCAUCCAGAAGAAGUUGCUUCUGGCUUUCCAAUUGAUCCACCGAGGCCAUCACAAGCUGUAGAUUUAAGUGUAGAAAAUCAUGGACAUAACCAUAAGAGAGCUUCCCAUUCAGGGCCAUUGGCUCACCGUGCUGCAUGGGCAAAGUCUACUAAGAACCCAGAUGAUGCACCAAAGGUUUCAACUGGAGCUGACUUGUCAACAAUGUCAGGUUUAGUGGCAGCAAGGAGGAGUAUGUUAUCUGAAGAACGCAGAAAAAGGUCUAGUUCUUCACAAAUGGAAGGUCCAAAAGUAAUAGGCAGGUUUCCAGGUUCGUUCAAGGAGGCCUCAGAUCCUUUACCAAAAGAUCAAAAGCAAGCCGUUGUAGGUUCUCGUCAAAAAGAAGAUGUUAGAAGCAACAAAGAUCCAAUUAUUGUUGGCUAUGGAUCAAAGGGUCACAAAAUGCACUACUCAGGUCCGUUGCUAGUUCCCUCUGGCAACAUGGAUCAGAUGCUGAAGGACCACGAUCUCCAGGUCCAAGAAGCUGUUAGACGAGCACGCCUAGAGAAGGCAAAGGUCAGAAAAUUUCAAGCUGAAGGGAACCAAAUAUCCACCAAUUCAUUAUUUGUUUCUGGUCGUUGA